GUGGAUAUCAGUUCUAUUAAUGUGGAUAUUUAUCUGUGCGUUUUAGUUAUUUGUCCAAGGAUUAUGGAUAUUUUGCUUAAUAUAUAAUUGUGUUUCACGAACAACCCGAGAGGAAGAGAUCGAAAAUGGUUGCACCGAGAUCUUGUGAAGAAGAAGGAUCGAGGCAGCCGCCGCCUGCUAUUCCAGAAGGUGAGGAUGAAGAUGAGGAAGAAGAUGAUGAGGGAGAGGGACCCUGCGGCUCAUACUUCAGAUUUCGUGGCUCCACCUAUUCCCUCUUCAAAAUUAUAAGCUACUGGAAACAAGAUGUUGGAUACUAUGAAGCAUGCAAGAAAGAAGUCGAGAAGGCAGGAUUCGGGGGCCUAUUGGAACUUCGCAUGCCGAAGAUUCCCAAUGUCUUCAUGGACGACUUGAUGGCUGCUUAUGACCCCUCAACCAAUACUUUUGUUUUUGGGGAAGGAGAAUCGAAGAAGGUGUUCGACUUCACAGCUGAGGAUGUGGCACGUGUGUACGACCUUCCUCUCGGUGGUGCUGUGAUUGAUUUGAAGAACGUUGAGGGGGGGAUGCUCGACUGUUUCAGCGAGGAAGUUGGCAUAAUUCCUAACAGGGCUCGCAUGGUGCCUAUCAAGAAGCUGCGGGAGUUGGCCAUUGUAACAUCCCAUUUUGGCUAAACUCGUGUUAAGAUCCCUAGAAAAUUUCAAGAUUUAAAAUCGAGUGUUUUGACAGUAUUUCAUUGAAAAUCGGGAUAUCGAUCGAUCGGAUAAGUAUUCGUAUUAAUUAUAUUAUAUAUAUAAUUAAAAAGGAAAAAGGAAAAUAAAAGAUAAAGAAGCGGCCGAACCGCUUUGCCAUUGUUUGUACACGUACACCCCUCCCUCGUCUUUAUAUAUGCACACACCUCACUUCCCAUUUAUUUCAUUUUUUGUCCCGCAAGCAAAAUGGAGAGCAGAAUCAGGGGAGGUUCGAAUAGUUUUGGACAACUGGGUUUUUGGGUUUUAGCAAUCCAAAAUUGGUGCAAUCAAUAGGUAAUCCAUCAAUACAACCUAGUUUAUCAAUCUCGUAGUUGAUAGCAAAAUUUCGGACCAGCAAUUUCUGAAUCUCCGAUCGUGUGAAUUAGAGUUUUGGAGGAUUCAGAAGCUGGUUUAAGCCCAAAUUUCAUAUACAAGCUUCCUACAGCGAGGUAAUUAAUCCUCUGGUUCUAAUCCCUGAAUUUCGUCAAUUAUUUAGGUCGGGGUCCAAACUGCUGAAUUUAGCUCCGACCAGGGUUUGAUGUGUUUUUAUCAAGAAUUUGACCCGGAGCCUAGAACUAAUAUUGACGGGGAUACUGUAGGGGAUAUUAGGACGGUCUCGGAUUUUAAUUCGCGGUUCGUUCAUGAAAUUGAUGUUUUAGUACGGGAAGGUUAAACCGGUGUUUGAACGACCAGAACUGGUGAGGGAUUAGCACGGCAUACCGGGUUUGUCGUAUCAUGAUAAUUAUAUUGAUGCUUAGAAUUGACCUAGGUGAACUAGAAUGGCAUGAUUAGGGGUGUAUGAACUUUUGUGUUGUAUGAUGAACCUUGGACUGUUGUAUGAUGUUAUUGACUUGCCCUAAUCGAUAUGGACCUUGUUUAUGUUGAUGAUUGCAUAAAUGUUGCCAGAUGUG